AUGAGCCGCCCAUCUUCCGUCAAGCAAACGCCGUCAGGUAUCGGACCGGGUUCAAGUGGACAGACGCAUGGUCGAACUUUCGUAUCCGCCGACAGACCAGCGGCGCGUCAAACGAGAAGCACCCGAACGCCCAACACCCAGUCGGACGGCGUUUUCGGUAGUAGAAACGACAAUAGCAACAGCAAGGUUCCUAUGAUUGGUCAGCUCCCAGAUUCGUUGGGCGUUGAUAAGAGCGUGCGUUUCAAUGUCAGGCCACAACCACGUGGUACAAGCGGCAGAAAGCGUGACUCGGAAACCCCCAGGCUUCUAGUACCCCAGGGACCAGAACUGGGCCUAGAGAGGCAGACAACCAUGAUGACUGUCUACUCGAAUCUGCAGUCGCAUAAUAGACCGGAAUACGGAAGAGGAGAACCCACGGUCGUCACAUCUGGACCGGAAAUGAAGUUGAUUCAAGCCGCUAACAAAGGUGACCUUACAGCGGUCAGCAAUAUCUUGAACACCUAUCCAGACAUGAAGCUUACGUUUGUGGAUAAGAGCCGUCGCACCGUGCUUCACCACUGCCUCGACGCUAAGUCGAUUUCCUCCGAUCUUCUGCUGUCGCUACUCAAGCGGAACCCACCCACCGACAUCAUAGAUCAGAGCGACCAGAUCGCCCUCCACAAUGCCGUGCGACUAGGAAACGCAACGUGCGUGUACCUGCUUCUGAAACACGGGGCCAGUGUCAACCUACAAAAUAAGACAACCAGCAGAACGGCACUGCAUGAGGCUGCAAUACGAGGUCACGUGACCAUCACGCAAAUACUGCUGUGUUAUGGUGCGUCAUCGAGCAUUAAGGACAAGGACGGCAAAAUUCCCGCGGAGCUAUGCAAGGGAAGCCUGACAUCUGGACAGUUCCAGGACAUAAUCGAGGAGGUCAGCGAGAAAAGAUUUUGUGUGAAAGAACUGACAUCACGUUCGUUCACACAAUUCGGACAACUCGGUAUCGAAAUGCGAGCAAACGGCGAGUUGCUGCAACGUUCUCCGAUUUUGUGCAAACGCCAGAUGAUAGAGCGCGUGCCUGAUGUCACCCUGAAUCCAGGCGAUGACAUCAUCAGUGACGUAUACACGUGUCACUUGCUCGAUGAAACGGACUCUGCCGCACCUUACUCCAUAGCCAUUCGUAUCUAUAACGUCAUUAUUACGUCACGCGAGGACGUGCUUGUGCGGCUCGGCGAUGGACGUGUUAUCAGUGACGUCACACUCAACAAUGAUCAGCAGGGUCAGAUCCUCACGUUCGACACCUCUAUAUCGCGCAAGGAAACCUUUACGGCGCUACUCAAGCCGAAAAUAGAACUCUGGGAGGUCGGGACAUCAGUCAUAGAAGUGACGUCAUCGCUGGACGAGAGAGUGAAACUGCGCGUUCCACGGAAUGUGUUUAUUAAAAGGUCGUCAAGCUUAGCGCUCGAGGUUGGUAAAUAA